AUAUAAUUCGAUUUUGUUUAUAUUUUAUAUUUCACUAUCAUAUGUUUUGUAUUUAACAAUUUAACACAAUUGCGACUUGCGGUAAAAAUUGUACAGGAUGUUUCUAGAAUGUUUUUAGUUGCUAAUAUGUGACUUUCGAGAAUAAGCUACAUAUUUUUGAUGCAUUGUAUUUUAGGUGAGCUAAAAGUUAUAAAGGAAAACUGUGAACUAUAGAAGAUUAUUAUUUGACAACAAUCUCGGACAUGGAAGACGAUAGUAGCGAGCAAAUUGAAACAAGGAAGAUUGAACAUGAUCAAAAUCCUAAAUCUGAUAGCGCCAUUAAAUCAAAUGCUGUCGUAAAGUAUUCAAAUGUUCAAGCUCCAGCAAAAUUAAAAUUAUUAGAUUAUAACACUAACCUCAAUAUGCCACCAUCGAAUUGGCUUUGUACCACUGGAACUCAAUACGGAAUUUAUCCUUUGCAUGGCCCAGUUGGAUUUGCAAGUAGUUUUAAAAUGGCGCAUAUGUUUUCUGAUUGCUUGGAAGAUGUUGACGUUGUUUCAGAUGCAGAAAAUAUUAAAACUCUCUUAAAACUUCCGUAUUCUCCAAAAACUGUAAUAAGCAUGCUAGUUCAUAAGGUUGGAAACACUCUAUUAUUAGAUGAAUUUGAUAUUCAGAAGUACUUAUUGCGAAAAAGUGAAAAUGAUUGGAAUUGGCUUCACACUUUUAUAAAUGAAAAAUUAAAAAAAAUUGGGGGUGACAAAACAAGAAAUAUUUGUAUAAAAGAUAAAAGUAGGGAAGCAGUUCACCGAAGAAAUUUACUAUCAAAAUUUUUAUAUUACACAUUGCAACAUUCAUUACCAGUAAAUGUAGAUGAAAACGCAGAAGAAAUAAUUGAAAAAGAAUCUAAUGCACCCUUUCAAAACCGUCGCCCUCUAUUACCUUUAUUAGGUCCUGUUUUACCUGAACCUAAUAUCGAAGAAAAUGUUCCUGAUCCUAAUUCGAGCCAUGUGUUUAAUAGAAAUAUCGUGUGGACCUUUGAAGAUAUUCGUAUGCUAAUUGGUACUGAUAUGCCAAUUUUCGGAGGUGGAACUCGACCUUGUGUUAGCUUAAGACUCAGAGAUAUGACACAACCAAUAAAUAUUUUAACAGGAAUAGAUUAUUGGCUGGAUAAUUUAAUGUGUAAUGUUCCCGAGGUCGUAAUGUGCUAUCAUAUUGAUGGUAUAGUCCAAAAAUAUGAAUUAAUUAAAACCGAAGACUUACCUUUUUUGGAAGAUUCUCAAUUUUCUCCACAAAUAAUAAGAAAUGUUGCACAAAAUAUACUAGCAUUUUUGAAAGCCAAUGCAACAAAAGCAGGUCAUACUUAUUGGUUAUUCAAAGGCAAAAAUGACGACGUUGUAAAACUUUAUGACUUAACUACACUUUGCGAAAGCGAUAAGGGAGCGAAAGGUGGAGUUGAUCCUGAAAAGGACAAAAAUUUGAAUUCAGAAGAAAACAUGCCACAUCGAAAGAAUGAAAAUCCCUUUACGGUUUCUGUUGCCAUGCUUUUAUACAGUGUGGCAAGAAAUUUGCGAAACGCUUCAGAAAAAAUCACAGCAAAGAAAGCAGGGUCAAUAAAAGCUUUGCUAGAAAAUUGCCUUAAGUUAUUACCAAAAGAAAAAUAUCCACAGAUAGUUACUUCAUCUCACUAUAUGUUAGCAGAUUUACAUAUUCCUGCUGGUGUUAACCCUAAAUGCCCAAAUUUUCAUGAUUGUGAUUCAGACACGCAAUCGUCUGUCUAUGAGGACGAUUAUGAAUAUGAAGACAAUGAUGAAAAUGAUAAUUGCGAAUAUUUUCAGAAUUCAGAAGCAAAUGAAAAUGUUACUAUCAUCAAUAAUUCAAAUAUAUUUAAGGAAAUUUCUAUUAAAGAAACGGUUAAUAGAGGAAACUUUUCCGAUGAAAAAUAUUCCUCUGAAACUCGACCUUCCCCAUUGCUAGCUACACUUGACGAACGUUGUAAAAUAUCAUUGGAACAUAUUUCAGAAGGUUUAAGUUGUUUGCAAUAUUUUUCAACAAAUGAAGAACAUAUAAAUCAAGAGUUAGCAGAACGUUUAAAAGCUGAAGAAAAACGUAAAAUUAUUCACGAAGAACAAAAUCCACAUAUGGCUAAACCGUUUCAGCCUAUUCCUUUACCAUAUGAAUCUCUAAAACCUGAACCUAAAAUGACUAAUCCUGAUAUAGCAAUUCCAAUGGGUUGGGAAAAUUCAGAAAGUAAAAAUGGAGAAAUAGAGUCUAAUAAAAAAAUUUUCGGUAAAAAGAAAAAAGGAAAAAUGGCAAAACAAAAUAUUUCAGAAGAAAAACCAGAGAGCGUAACGGCGAAUUCAAAACAAAAAUUAAUUGAAUCGAGCAGUCAAACCCAAAAUAAACGUGUAACAUCGUGGAAUGUACAUUUAAAAUUUUUGCUUCUAGAAAAAGCUUGCUUAACUUUUGUAAUUCAAGCAGAAUCAAGCUACAGUCAAGAAGAGUUUGGAAUAUGCCUCAAAUGUAUAGAAUUUGCCUUUAAAUGUCAAGGCGUAGAACUUUUGAGCUCCAUUUCAAAUCAAAAAGCAAGUAUUUUAGAACGUGCUGGUGAUUGUUUCUUUCAAAUUGUAAAAUACUAUGAUCAAAUUGACAAAUAUCUGGAGCAGUUUUUAAAUUACUAUAACGGAUGUUAUGAGUACAUACUGCGGGAAUUAACAAAAGAAUCAACAAAUUCAACAACAACAGCUCUUGAUUUUGAACCUGUUAAAAGUAUCGAACAACUAAUGGUUAAAAGCUGUGAUUUUUAUGAAAGCGCUUUAAAAUUUUCUAUGAAUGAGGAGAUCAAGUACGACUUAAUGAGGAAAUUGGGUAGCGUUCGAAAUGAACUAGGUUUGAAAUAUAUGUAUUGUGCACAAGAGGAAUAUACUAAGUAUAUGGAAAAAUACGAUUCCGAAGCUGAAAAAGGGGUUGAAAGUGACAAAAAUGAAGAACCAAAGUAUCAACUCUUAGCAAAACAAUCGUUUGACAAUUUAAUACGUGGUAUUUGUGCUUUUGAAAAAGUUCAUGAUAAUGUAAAUUUAGCAUUUUUGUUGUGCAACAUGGGCCGUUUCAUGCGCUUUAGGGCUCACAUUCAUAUGAAGGGCGAGGAACCUAAUGAUAUGCGAAAUCAAAAACGCUUUUAUCAUCAAGCAUUUUCGUAUUACCAACGGGCUUUAGGAAUUUUAGACAACCGAAAAUUAAAUCCAGAACUUUGGGAUAUGGUUAACUGGGACUUAUCGACAGCUACAUUUACACUAGCAAAACAAGUUCAAGACUGGAGUAGCGCUGAAAGUCCAUCAGAAGAAGUUGAAAAAGAAAUUGUUGAAUUACUUCAAAAAUCUUUGAAACUCUGUGAUACAGAACAUCCCGGAUCAAGACAAGUUCUUUAUACUUACAGGUCCGGUUUAAUACAUCAACGUUUGGGAUCAUUUUAUCAUAGUCAAUUAAGAAAAUUGGGAAAAUCAUUUGAUGAAAAUAUUUCAAAAACAAGUUUACAAUUAUGUCGAUUACAUUAUGAAAAAUCAGCUAAAAUUUUACAAAAUUUAAAAGAAAUAAAAGAUUAUCUUACAGUUCAAUUGGAACGUAUAGCAUUACAAGAAUUUCUAUCGGAAGUUUCGAAUAAAGUAAAUAAAAAAAUGAAAUUUUUACAAGGAGCUUUGGAAAUUUGUUUGCAAACAAAGACAGUAUUUAUGCAUGUUAUAAUAAAUGAUAUUGAAAUUAAUUCAAAAGAUGAAAUUUUAAAAUUAUUUAAUUUAUUUCUUAGCAGAUUGCAAUUUUUAUUGAAAACUUUAACAAAAUUAAAUAUGGGAAAAAAUGCUAAUAAUAAUAAAAAUAGUAUUGGUAAUAAAGAAAUGAAAAAAUAUGCUGAUAUGUAUAAUGUAUCAAUAAAUACGAAAUCAAAUGAAAAUCAUAAAGAUUUUGCACGAAAUAUAAUUAAUUGUUUGGAUAAAAUAAAUGAAGUUUUUAAAAUAUAAAUGAGUUAUUUAAGUUUGCAAUUCUAAACCUUUACA